AACUUCGGUCACACUAUCACAAUCUACACAAAGUGAAAAACAACACAGCGUCACGGAAACGCAAAUAAAAGUGAAAUAAAUAUUAAUAAAAUGGCUUCUGAUGGCGAAGAUAUGAUUUUAACGUCGACCGAAAGUGAAGUUUCAGCAGCGGAAACCGAUACGGAAAGCAAGGAUUUCGAUGCCCCUCUCUCUGCAUCCGAUACAGAGGAAGAAGAAACUGUAGAAGUGGAAGCUGUCCCUACAUCGGCUGAAGACGCAGAUAUGGAGGAAUUGUUAAAACAACUGGAAGAUUACACGCCCACUAUGCCCGAUGCGUUGACGUUGCAUAUACUAAAAAAGCGUAAGAACAAAUUUGUAAAGUUUCCGAAACUGAUAGUAAUUUAUUACAUAUUUUUGUAGUCUGGGUUCAACACUGUUGAUCCACGAAUUGUGCGAUUGAUUUCGGUGUCGGCACAGAAGUUCAUUGCGGACAUUACCAACGAUGCGUUGCAGCAUUGCAAAACACGCACCACAAACAUUCAACAUUCCAGCGGUCACAGUUCAAGCAAGGACAAGAAGAAUCCCAAGGACCGAAAGUACACGUUGGCAAUGGAGGAUUUGGUACCUGCUUUGGCUGAUCAUGGCAUCACCAUGCGUAAACCGCAAUAUUUUGUCUAGUUUCUAAUGUAGCGUAAGAAUGAAAAUAAACAAACUAUCAACAGUAA